AUGCCCCGGUCAACAUGCGCUGAAGCGCAUCUGGCAACUUGGAAUCUGCGUCUUGGCGCCUGCACGAGAGACCAUGUCGCGGGGUUGAAAGCUUUUCACCUCGCAUUAAUCUCGAACAGUCUACAGAGACAGUACGGUACAUCACGACGAGCCGAGAGACGGCCGAACCGGCCAGACUUGGCUAGCCCGUUGCACCUCAGCUUCCCGGUCAUCCGAGAAAGGCUGCUGGUUGCGCAUCCAGGAGAUGAAGCUGAUGUCUCGUUGCUGCGGAGCAGCAGUAGAAGACUAUCGCACAGUCUCGUCAAUGAGCGCACGGAUCGUCCCCAGUAG